UAGAGCGAACUCAAGCAAGACGAAGCAGAAGCGCGUUGGACGAGUGCUCUGAAAAACGACACACAGUGCCACACUUUGGGUUUUAACGCUACAAAACAGUAUUGCGCUGGUUACAUUUUGUUGUUAUGUGACGGAGAAGCCCGUUUUUAAGUCUAGUAUCUUGUGCCGUAGUUAUUUUGCGAGGCCUUGGCAGGUUGACUGCCGUCACAUUAGGUCUGCAGUGGCUAUGCUAACUCGAUUUUAUGUCUCAAAUGUAGUCAUACGGGUUUCUUCGCUUGCCAGUGGUCCUUUUUGACAGCUUUCGUUUACAUGUGGAGGGAAAAGUGCGGUUUAUAUAUUGCUGGUUUCCAUAUUGCCAACUCAAUGUUGUGUUGUUUUUUAAAAACCUCUGCACGGUAAAAAAAAAAAAAAGCGGGGCAUAAUGUGUAUGAGUGUCUGAUCCAGAAAAUAAGACAAAUAUUCGUUUAUAUUUAUAAUAUGUGCAGUGUAUUGUGCGUAUAUGACAAUAAUUUACCCAGAGCUAGUAUUUGAAAUUCAAUGUUUUUAAUCCUUUUUUAUUUGUUUGUUGAUCGGUUAUCAGAAUCAGAAAGAGCUUUAUUGCCAAGUAUGUUUGCACAUACAAGGAAUUUGUUUUGGUGACAGGAGCAUCCAGUACACAGAAACAGCAACAGCAGUACACAGAGACCAUAACACAAUAGAAUACAGUACACAGAUGAUUUAAAUAAGGGCCUAUGGGUAUAAAAAAAAAGAAAUGCAAUACAAUAAACAUAAGAUAAAGAUAUAGAGAGUAAAGCUAUGCUUGUAUCUAAAUAUGUACAUGUAAAAAAUAAGAAUAGACUGUUGUAGUACAAUGUAUGUUCUAUAUACAGCAGAAUUAAAUAUAAUUUACAGAAAAAAAGUUGUAUAAAUAAUAGAUAGUGUAUUAUCUGGAGGAUAUAAUUAAUAUUGCACUUAAUUAUUAUUGCACAGAGUUAUUCAUUUCACGAUGGGUAAAAAACAUUUAACUGUUCAAGAGGUAGAUGGCCUGAGAGAAGAAGCUGUUUUUGUGUCUGGUUGUUUUAGUGCUCUGUAGCGCCGACCAGACGGCAGCAUUGUGAAGAGAUGAUGGCUUGGAUGUGAGAGAUCCAGGGUGAUUUUCUGAGCCCUUUUCCUCACUCUGGAUGUAUAGAGUUCUUGGAGGGUGGGCAGGGGAGCACCAAUGAUCUUCUCAGCAGUCCAAACCGUCCUCUGUAGUCUUCUGAUGUCUGACUUUGUGGCUGAAACUGUUAUUACUGACAGUAGUCUAAAAGAAAAUGCAUAACUUAUCUGACGCGAGUGCUUCGAAAUUAUUUAAUUGGUCAAAUAGCGCCAGAUAGCCCAAAAAAGUUUUUCUAUAUUUGGUUUAUUAAAUUUAUUCAAACUCAUUUUCUUAAACAAUGUAUUAAUGGAAAGGUAUGUAAAAUGUUAAGAUUUGAAUUGUUGGUCACACAGAUACACUUUCUGGCACACAUGCAUUUUCUCAGUGGACUUUGUCCCAUCUGUAAUGAGAGAAACUGUCUUGUGAGGUAUAUAUGAAUCAUUAGUGUUGUGAGGUCAUAUAGUUGUGCUUGAUGGCUUGUUUUCAGUGUGUGUUUCGAACCUUGUAACGUGACUGUUGUGUAAUAUGUAGGUCAAACUCGGCACACUUGUAGGACACGGCUGUGAUGCCCACCUCUUCAUCAUGAGUUGCUUUCUCUCUUCAAUCACUGAUCAUUUACACAACAAGGCUUGACACAAUCUGUAGCACUAAAGCAUCGGAAGUUCACAACCCUGCCUUUUAUUCUUAUUAAACUGUUUUAACGUAACUCGUCUGUCAGCUUGGUUUCUCUUGUGGCAGACCCCCUCCUCUUUCCUAACAGUGAAAACGUGACUGGAAUGUAGGGUCUCAUAUGGAAAGUAUGUCUCUAAGCUCUUGCUGGCGGGAGAAGCUUUCGAAACCAAGAAUGAAAACGUUGACCUGCCUAAACUCAAGUUCAGUUGUAAAAGAGAUGCAUUAGAGGAAGAACCUCAGGGUCUCUCUGUCUCUCUGUCUGGUUUGAUGACCCCCGCCUCAGCCGCUGGCAUGGCCUCUGGCAUGGAGCUACCCAGAAAGAGGAAAGGCAGCAUGGACAUCCAGGAGACAAAAUCUGCAUCGAAUCUAGAUGAGGAUAUGGAGGAGGAUCGGGGCAGAUCGGAAGGAGAUGACCAGCAACUAAAAAUUAAAUGUAUCAGGGAACCUCACAGUCAAAUAGAGAAACGACGACGAGAUAAGAUGAAUAACCUGAUCGACGAGUUGGCGGCGAUGAUUCCCACCUGUAACCCCAUGUCCCGCAAGCUUGACAAACUCACUGUGUUACGAAUGGCUGUCCAGCAUCUCAAAUCGCUCAAAGGGGCGACCAGCUCCUUUGCAGAAGCCAAUUACAAACCUGCGUUCCUUCCUGAUGAUGAGCUGAAACACCUUGUUCUGAGGGCUGCAGAUGGAUUUCUCUUUGUGGUUGGCUGUGACCGUGGAAAAAUAGUCUUCGUCUCGGAGUCGGUUUCUAAAAUCCUCAACUACAGUCGGACGGAGUUGAUCGGACAGAGCCUUUUUGAUUACGUUCACCCCAAGGAUAUUGGGAAAGUAAAGGAACAGCUGUCCGCAUCUGAGCUCUACCCGCGAGAGCGCCUCAUAGACGCCAAAACUGGGUUACAGGUGCAGGCUGAGCUUCCUGUCAGUGUUGCUCGGCUCUGCUCCGGGGCGCGGCGUUCCUUCUUCUGUCGAAUGAAGUACAACAAAGUUACCGUCAAAGAGGAGAAGGGUUUUCAGGCUGCUGGCUCAAAAAAGAAAGAGUCGCAGCGGUACUGUACUGUGCACUGCACGGGCUACAUGCGCACCUGGCCCACACGCCAGCUUGGCACAGAGGGAGAGGCAGAGGCGGACAAAGACAGCGCCUACUUUAGCUGCUUGGUCGCGGUUGGCCGUGUGCACCCCCACACCCUCCCUCAGGCCAAUGGCGAGAUCAAGGUCAAGCCAACCGAAUUUGUCACCCGCUAUGCCAUGGAUGGCAAAUUCACCUUUGUGGAUCAACGAGCCACCACCGUUCUGGGUUAUUUGCCCCAGGAGCUGCUAGGCACAUCGUGCUAUGAAUUCUUCCAUCAGGACGACCUGCCACAUUUGGCAGAUAGACACAGAAAAGAAAGUCAUAUAGGUUUGGAACAACACAAGGUGCUGCGGAGUAAAGAGAAGAUCGAGACAAAUUGCUAUAAGUUUAAAACGAAACAUGGCUCUUUUGUCACCUUACAAAGUCAGUGGUUUAGUUUUAUAAAUCCCUGGACCAAAGAAGUAGAAUACAUAGUGUCAACCAAUACGGUUAUAUCCGAUAAAAGUAAUCCAGGUGGAUCAGGGGAUAAAGCCGAGCAGCCUAGCAGUUCUAAGGCCUCAGAAGAUGAUGCCAAGAAGUCCCAGCAUGUUCCAAUCAUCCCGGGUAUCUCCAGUGCAUCAGGCACCAUGAUUUAUGCUGGCUCCAUAGGGACCCAAAUCGCCAAUGAGAUAAUGGACUACAAUAGGAUGAACUCCUCACCAUCCAGCGGCAACACAAGUCCGUUCAGUUUACCACAGGACAAGUCUCCACUGGCACAGACCAGCAGCAACGUGCCAAACGGGGAAGCAACAGACAUGGAGAUACCUGGAAAGUCGAGCACGGAGGAGGGAGCACGGGGUGGUGAAAAUCUCAUGGAAGCAAGCUCUCAGUUGGAUCUGGAGGGGGUCCCGGGGUUGAGCGCUCUGAGCACCGAUGAGGCAGCCAUGGCCGUCAUUAUGAACUUACUUGAGACCGAUGCCAACCUGGGUGAGGCUGUGGACUUUGAUGAGAUGCACUGGUCUCUGUGAGCACAGCUCCAGCUUUUUUUUCAGCUUAUCCGGAGAUUUCAAACCAUUCAUUCACUUUCACCGGGCAGCAGGCCUUUGACUGUCCUAUUGCUUUUAUGUUUUUAAUUUAUUAGUAUUUUUUAAUACAUCUGGACUGCGUGGCAGAUCAUCUGAUGGCUAACCCUUGAAUAUCAGAAUGUGGAGGAACUCAAGAGUUUGUAAGAGGGACUCUUUGGGUCUCUCGGAGCUGAAUACCUUAAGCAACAGGACCAGGUUUUAUUUGGUCUGGUGUGCAGUUUCUUCAUCUCAGCUCUGAGGUCACUUCUGUCCCCUUGGCACGGAUCGAGGAGAGACAUACUUGGCCUGGCUCGUCGUGUUGAGAAAAACAUGCCUCUGCCAAUAAGGCAAAAACGAUCCAGUGGUGUCAGGAUUUCAAAACAAUUUCCUUAGUCACUCAACACUUGAACUGUGUACUGAUGCUUUAAAGCAAAGCUGGAUUCUUUUUCUUUCUUUUUAAGAAAAUGUGACUCCUUUGGCAGGGGAAGCCUGGUAGUUAUUUGACCGUUUUAAAGCAGAAAGCGUCUUGAAUUCAAUGUUUUAAAAUGAACAACAGUGUGUGGUUUUAUUGCUGAGCGCUUGUGGUCAAACAGAAGUACUUGAAAGACUUUAGAAACAUGAAAAUUGAGGAUCACCGUUAGGCCUGACAAUUUCUUUUCCUCCGUCUACAAACCUGUGUGUGAAUAUGUGCAUUUCCCUUAGACUGCCCUGCUGCUCUUCAAACAGUGUGAUAGAGUCAUGUCGAUCUGCUGUUGUGAAGGAAUUAGGGGUGUAACGAUACUUCGUAUUACGAUAUUUCGCGAUGCAAAACUGUUACGAUGCGCAUCGUAGAGAGAUGGGGAUAUUUUACGAUAUGUUUAAUUCUAUUCGUUCAGCGUCAAGACGCUACCUACUCUGCGCCAGCGCGUCACGUGUGCUUCAGAGAGAAGCACAAGACACAAUCUGUGUCCAAGUGGUUUACAAAGCGUCAUAAUUUCCUUCACAAUCGCCGUUAAAACACAGCAAACUUGAAGCGUGACUGCAGGCGAGUCACCCCGAAACUCAUUACAAAGGCAACACAAACGUUUUUAAAUGCCAAUGUUCAUUUAUCCGCUAACGUGAGCUGCUGCAUAACGUGAUAUGCCACAUAAAGUAAGCCAAAAGAAACCAGCGCUGUUCCGGUCAGAGAAGCGAUGAAGUGAGUCGUACUGUAUAUUAAAAGAUCGAAUGACAUGCUAAAAAACAAGUAUGUGAUCUGCAUGAUUGAAGAAAUGUAAUACAGUUUAUGUAAUGUCUUUUUGAAAGAUUUUUCUCAUUCAUUACUGUCUGGAGCAAAGACAGCGCAGCUCCAAAGAGACACGAGCCAAUAGCACUUGAGUGUGAGCUCUGUCAGAGCGUUUCAUUGGUUGAAUGUACUGAAUGAACACGCCCUUCACUGAACGAACGAGUCAAUUGAGUCAAAAUGAGACUGAAUGAACUGCUACGUGUCGUUCAUGGUCUAAUAUUCUCUGUGUUACAACAAUGCAUAUCCAGUAGUUACUCAAAAAAAGGUAAUGAGCUGGUUUAAUUUAAUUCCAAGGUAAAGUCAAUUAUGUCGAAACAGUUCAAUCUUUGUAUGGAACAUUUAAUUACACCAAUUAAAUGAGUUAAUCCAGAUAGAUUUUAGUAGACUAAUAUAAUGUAGAUUUCAUCGACUAAAACUAUGAUAAAUUAAGAUGACUAAAACUAAAUUGCAUUUUAGUCAAAAGACUAUGACUAAAACUAAAUCAAAAUUUGCUGUCAAAAUUGACACUGAUCUUAAUUCUAAUUUCAGUUAAGCCUUAAAAUGUUAAAAUUCUUUAUUAAGUUGUAUGUGCAACAAAAUAAGUUACACUGAAAUUGUUAAUAUUUUGAAAAUAAAUGUUAUUUGAGUUUCAGUUUCAUUUUUGAGUUUUGUUCAAAAUAUCGAGAUGUGUAUCGUAUCGUGAACCCAGCAUCGAGAUAUGUACCGAAUCGUGAGCUGAGUGUAUCGUUACACCCCUAGAAGGAACGUUUGGAUGAGAUGAGAUGGGCUCACAGAAGCGCUAAGUUGGCCACAAAUAAGGGCAGGGUUUCUCAGGGAACUAUACUGCGUGGAAAAAAACCUUGAAAUCCUUUAUUAAAAAUAAGCCAAGAACCAAUUGUUUGAGCUCUGAUAGUGUUAACAUGGUGUUAAUGACUUGUUCAGGGGUUCAUUUCAUCGUCAUUCGUUCUUUUGAGUGUUGUCUGAACUCUGCAUCUUGGGAAUUCAUCAUCCCAUUUCAUAGAUGGGAAUAUCUAAUUUGGGAAAUUGCUAAACUGAACUUCAAAAUGCUAACAUAAGCACUUUUUGUUGGGAUAAAGCAGUAUAGUGAUGAGGAGAGAUGAUUCGAUAUAUUUUUCAAGCUGUUAGCUUCAAGCGGUAGGCUAAUACACAUUUUAACUCUAGUCACUAAGGCAUCCUGCGUAAAGAAUACUUUACAGCAUCUAAAAUGGGGAGAUCUGUCAUUUAGUCACCCUCACGUUGUUCUAAGCUAAUGACUUUUACACUGACAUUUUUUGUGUUCCUUGGAAGAGCAUUGCUCAUUUCCAUAUAGCAAAAGAGUGUAAUGAGAAGAAUUCUGUACAACUUGCACAUUAUUCAAGAUGUUAGUCCGAAUCCCUCCCCUUAUAGCUUUCAAGUUUUAGGAAACUUCUAAUACAUUCAUUGGGUUUAUCUAUGGUAUCUUUAUGGAUCUUUGUUGUCCUUUAUGGAGCUUAAUAGCUUGUAUGGAAAGUAAAAUAUAUUGCAUUUGUGUUCCACUGAGGGACGAAUUUUCACUUGUUGGUGAAAUAUUUCUUGUACUUACCACAGAAGACCUUAUAACGUGUUUUCAGGAUUUUAUAUUCACAAUGUGUGAUUUUUUUUACCUGAUUAGAAACAUACUUAAAAAAAUUAUACGCCUUGGCAAAUGAGCAAAAUGAUCUUGUUGUAAUUGUCCUUUUUUGUAAUAAUAAUUCCCUGACUUCAGCAUUGGAGGAUGACUGAGAUACUGAUUUUCUCUGUAUUUUUUGUUCAUGUUCUUCUAAAACACCAUCAUCUGAUUUGUCCAGGAAACUCACCGAUUCACAUUUCAGCACGGCUUUGUCAGAACUUUUUCUUUUGAAAGAUGAGCAUUACUAAACUGAUUUACUGUGAUUGUGCAGACGUGCCACAGGAGUGCAAUGGCCUUGCACAAAGAAAGGUGUGAUUCUUACCAAUAUGCCAAAGUAAUUUGACCACAGAGAUAUUUUGAGCACCCUUAACUCUCAGCUGCCCUGUGCUGUCAGACGUUGUGUAAUUAUGUGGCAAUGAUGUGAGCUGCUUUUAAAAAGGUCUUCAUGUCAUCUUGUGUGUUGCCACAUGCUUCCGAGAGCUUACUUGAAGAAACCAACCCGCUCUACCCGACUGCAUAAAACGCAGCAAGAUGACACUGCACCUCUUCGAUUUUUAUCACCUCCUUUUCCUAUCCCAGACGGCUUUGCAAACAAAUACAUUAUUCACACAUAUAAUGGGUAUUUCCUUAAACCUGACUGAAAUUUAAUGGAUUCACGUGUAAGGGCUUGUCACACAGCAGGCUAGAUGUACUAGCCGAUCAGAAUUCUGGUUUUGAUUGGGCGGUUGUGGCCUUAAAGGGACAGUUCACCCACAAACAAAAUUCUCUCAUCAUUUACUCGCCCCAAAUCUGUAUACAUUUCUUUGUUGUGAUGAACACAGAGAAAGAUAUUUGGAAGAAUGCUUGUAACCAAACACUUCUUGGCCACCAAUGACUACCAUAGUAGGACAAAUUACAAUGGUAGUCAAAAGGGCCCCAGAACUGUUUGCGUUUCUACAUUCUUCAAAAUAUGUUUAACAGAACGAAGAUAUUUAUAAUGCAAUUUUUCCAUGGUAGUCAAUGGUGGCAAAGAACUGUUUGGUUACAAGCAUUCUCCAAAUGUCCUUCUCUGUGUUCAUCAGUACAAAGAAAUGUAUACAGAUUUGUAACAACUUGAGAGUGAGUAAAUGAUGACAGAAUGUUCAUUUUUGGGUGAACUGUUCCUUUAAGCACAGGAACAGGCUCUACCCAAAACUCUUAAUAAAGAAGCUAAAAGGGUUCUUCAGUGAUAAGUGAUUUCUUGGUUCCCCAAAGAUCCUUUCAAUCAAAGCUAAAUAUUAUGUAGUUUGUGACUUUAUAGUCUGAUGAUUUACCUUUUAUUUUUAAGAGUGAACUGUACAAGCUGUGCCAUAUCUGCAGGCCGGUCCCAUAAAGGGGUCAUUUUUUCAUUUGAAUCUGCAUUUCAUGCAUCUCUCCAUAAUGUUUUGGUUUUGAAUGUGACUGUUCUGUUUGGAGUGUCAUUCUUUAUUUGCACUUGGCAGACAUCAAGUACUGUACUGUAGGUUAGAACCACAGACCUUGUCUUCUCGCACUCUUGUCCUCAUUCCAGUCUCAAUUUGUGCAGCCUAAACAAUGUCUUGAUUUUUAUGUUGUUCCAGUAAUAUGCAUGCAUGCCUUUUUGUGUACCCUUUGCUUUCUCUUCGUCACUCUUGUUUGUUACCUGAAGGUAUCGGAUAAAGGUUUUUGCCUUAUAAGACAGACAAAGACUUGUUCUUUUUUUCUAGUUUGUUUCUGUCUGUCUUGAGUGUGUGAUGAGAGAAUCUGAAGACUGUUCAUCUACUGGGUUUAGUCAGUUAAUGGUUUAUCGUGUUUGGGGAGCAGCCGUUGGGUUAAGCCGCAGAUCUGCAUGACCCCCUUUGUUUUCUGCUUGUGUCCUCCCCCCGUUUGUUAUGGAGCAUCUGUAUGACGCCAUCGCUGCUGCUGUCUACAAGUCUGGUUUGUAGCAGAUAAUCUGUCUCUACGGACCGACAUGUAAAAAGAAUCUUAAAUAAACAACAACAUUAGUUUCU